UCAACGCUAAGUGCUUUUAGCUUUACGUCUCGAAGAAAUCGCCUUCAAAUCAUCUAUAUGUCGAACAAACGUCUUAUUCAAAUAAGUUUACGACAUGCAGCCACUGAUCGCAGUAAAGUCGAGUACACUCUGAAGAUGUUGAAGGAGGAUCUAAUGCGCCAAGACGAGGAACUCCGGAGACGAAAACUAACUCCUGCAACUGUGAGUGGAUCGACGAUGCUGCAGAGAAUCGUUCACGAGAUUAAACAUUACUAUCAUGGAUUCCGUUUGUUAGCCCUUGAAACUAGACUAAGUGCCAAGUACAUGUGGCGAGUUCUUCGUGGUGAUACUCUUUCGAGGAGAGAACGACAGCAACUAGUUGGUUGUUUUUCACUGUUAUUGUCUGGAUCACUUUUCAGGAAAGCAGUAAGCAGCCUUUUUGCAAAUGUUUUAUACCAAAUUAUUUUCUUUCAGGAAGAAAGGCUUCGAAAACAAGUGAAAGUCAAAGUGGAAAUGGCAAAAUUUCUUCAAGAUACCAUAGAGGAGAUCGCGCUUGAGCGUCGAUCAAAGGCUAUAGAAUCGCAUGGUUCGAAGGCUGUUGAAUUUGCUCAGUUCAUUAAGAAGGUUCGAUUUGAAGGUGGAUAUGUGACAAAUGAGGAACUUUUCAAGUUUUCGAAGCUAUUCGAAGAUGAGCUAACAUUGGACAACCUCAGCAUGAGUCAAUUACGGUCAUUGUGUCGUCUGAUGAACAUUCAACCCUUUGGUAGUCCAGAGAUCCUCCGUUUUCAGCUGAAGUUGAAAUUGCGGGAGUUGAGGACUGAUGAUAAGCAAAUAGCGGCGGAAGGGGGUGUCGAUGCUUUGAGCACAAUUGACUUGCAACAGGCAUGUCGUGCUAGAGGAAUGCGAGCUAUUGGACUAAGUGAGGAUAGAUUACGAUAUCAACUGAAACAGUGGCUCGAAUUGUCGCUCAGUGAUAAAGUACCACCGUCUCUACUACUUCUUUCGAGAGCUCUCUACUUACCAGAGGACAUUUCUUUUACAGACAGAUUGAAAGCUCUGGUACAAAAUCUUCCAGAAGGUAUCGCUGAGAGCACUCGUCAGAAGUUAACCGAAAUGGAGGGUGGUCAAGUGGAUCAUAAGGAGAGACUUAAUCUCAUUAGGCAAAUUGAAGAAGCGAUAGAAAAGGAGAAGGCUAUAGAGAUGGAGAAAAAGCGCGAGGAAGAGGUAACACUAGUCUGUUUUCUCAUGAUUAGUCCAGAUGUAUUCGACUCGACCAGCGUUCAAAACCCCCGAGCAGCAGCCGAAACCACAUUCGAAAAGUACGAGGACAUUCAUCUAUCUUCGAUUGAGCAGAUACUAGUGGGCGGUCCUAUUCACGAGGCUAAACAUGACUUACUUGAUCUUAAGGAAAAAGCCAUCGAACAUUCUGAAGAUCUGGUUGAAAUCACUGCACUUGACAGUGCAUUCUCAGAAACGAAGGUUGCUCAGCGACUUCGCACAAAGUUGAAUACCAUGAUAGAUAGCGUGGACAGUCUUGUUUCUAAACUCGAAGAGGAGAAGAGGAUGGUUGAGGAAACGGUUGUUGAUCCUGCCAUGGGCGAUAGUGUUGCUGCAAAAAGGGACAGAAAGGUACGUGUUCAAGACUUGAUUGAUUCUCUAACGAAACUGCAGUCAAGUCUCGCUGAUGGCGAGUCUUCUAAAGAAAUCGACGAAAGGCGUUCUCGAGUUGAGCAACUUCUUUUGAGCAUUGAUCAUGAUGCUGACGGCUUUAUUGAUGGUGAUCUCAUGUUGGAGGUGAUUUCUCUACUUGAGAAGCACGGAGAUGUGAAGCUUUCUGCAGCUCAGAUAGCGUCUAUCGUUAAUAUAUUGAAAAAAGAGUGUGAAUUUGAAACGUUGGAUAAGAAGAUUGACUCUCUCGAUGCACCAAUCACGGAUAUCUUUCAAUUAUACUUUUGUUUUUUCAUUCUUGCCAUCAGUGAAUUCACCACAUGUGAAGAAGAGUGUGCGCAACAGUCAUCGAAUGGCCGAAAAGAUGAUCUGCUUGAUAUACCUAAUGUAGAUCCGAAAGUUACUACUCCAUUUAGAAGCAAAAACGCAAAUGAAGCUGAGCACAGUCGAAGUUCUGAAAACUAG